CUUUGUUUCACUCAGUUAUAUCAUCACUGGAGAGCACCUCGGAAUCCAGCACCCCGCUUGGGCGAUUCUGAGCGAUCCUCACUCCUUUACCUAAAGAAUUUGCGCCAUGCCGGCUCGACACCCUGGCCGUUCACCUUCUCCCGUCCCGCCAACUCUACCCACUUGGCCUCCUCAGGUCUCUCAAGAACAACACGAUCACCUAUUGAACCUGGGUACCACUUUCGCCCUUUCACAUGGCUUCACACUUCUUCCUCCGGACUCUACGACUCCUCCGACCCACACGUUCAGCGCGCCGUUGAGCUUGUUCCCCACUCCCUUCCCUAGAGGUCUUUACGAGUGGGCGAAGGAUCUUCAGCCGCUGUACAAUGGAUUGUAUGCGAGGAUUGCUAUGGACUGGGAGUUCCUCGACAGAGUGAUGGGGGGUGUAGCCAAAGUAGACAGCUUUCAAGGCGAGCUCUGGAGGGGAUGGAAGAGCUGUCGAGAGGACCUUGUUCAGCCUCUACAGCUUGGCGUGUUCAGGUCCGACUACCUCCUUCAUCAGACAUCCGGUGCUGGGCCUCUUGAGCUGAAACAGGUCGAGUUCAACACCAUCGCUUCUUCUUUCGGAGCCCUAUCUCAGCGGGCAGGAGAGAUGCACAGAUAUCUGUGCAAGACGACAAACUACUUUUCCGCCUCGUCCUACCUAUCCCUUCCUAAUAUGCCUCAUAACCUCUCUCUCCGUGACAUUGCGGCGGGUCUAGCUGAUGCUUGGAAGGCGUACGGUCGGGAAGACGCUCAGAUCCUCUUCGUCGUGCAGGCCGGUGAAAGGAAUGUGUUUGAUCAACGCUGGCUGGAGUACGAAUUACUUGAGAGGCAUGGCAUCAAGACCAUCCGACAUACGUUUGAGCAUCUCGAGGAUUUAGCUCAGAUUGAUCGAACGACCAAACGCCUGCUUCUCCCUUCACAACUCGAGCCUUCCGCUGCCCCGACAGAAAUCGCCGUAAUCUACUAUCGUUCAGCAUACACUCCUGUCGAUUACCCGAGUCAUGCCGAGUGGACAACCCGAGUGCUACUCGAACGAUCAAAGGCCAUCAAAUGCCCUUCUAUGGCUUUGCAACUAGCCGGAGCCAAGAAGAUUCAGCAAGUCUUGACUGAGCCCGGGGUCCUGGAGUCAUUCCUCUUUGGCCCUGAGAGACCGGACGUAGGAUGGGGCAAAGGAGCGGGGAACAUUGGCCAACGAGCCGCGGAUGAACUCCGAAAAACUUGGAUCGGGCUCUGGCCGUUGGAUCAAUCGAUGCUUGGUCGGGAGGCUCUCGAGAUGGCUUUGAAUCAACCAGAGAGAUUCGUGAUGAAACCACAGAGAGAAGGCGGAGGAAACAACAUCUACCGGAACGAUAUUCCACCUGCUCUUGCAGCCUUGGAUGAUCAGCCUCGAAAGUCUGGAGAAGCAGAUAAGAAGGAGGGAUACAUUCUCAUGGAGUUGAUCACGCCGCCUCAAGGGGUCAGUAAUUGGUUACUGAAAGGCGGAGAGAGUAAAGCCAGAAAGGCGGAUGUGGUCUCGGAAUUGGGCGUCUAUGGAGUGAUGCUGUUUGUCGACGAUCAGGGCCGCGAAGUGAACGAAUCAGGUGUGGAAGCGGUCAACAAGGCGGCUGGGACAUUGUUGCGAACCAAGGGGAGAGAGAGCGACGAGGGAGGUGUGGCAAUAGGUAUCAGCUCAAUUGAUAGCCCGCUGCUGAUAUGAGCGUGAGCGUCUCCAGUAAUCGUGACGUGAGCCAUUGUAGAAAGCGCCAAAUUGCAUAGAGCAUAGUCCCUUGUCUCGAC